GUAGCCAUAUUUGUUGAUGUGUCAUAUCAAAGUGACUUGUUGGGGCUAUCAGCUGUUAACGCAGAAAGCUCAAAGUUAAGUCUCAUCCCGGUUAUCUCCGCGUUGAACUCCAUCAUGGCUUUCUCGCAAUCGAUUUGAGCCAGAGAGGGACCACAGAACAGCCUGGUCCUGCCUCACUUACACACAUGAUGGAAGGAUCGGAGGUUGAAGCUGUGUUGGAGGGAUCGCACCCGGUGAAUCAGCCUCACAACAGCAAAUCUAAUGAAGAAGAGGAGGAACGAAUCUCUCUCAAUAGUGGAGACGAGGCGGAAAAGUGCAGUCAGGCAAACAAUGAAGCUGAGCUUGACGGUGAAUUAAUUACAACUGCAACAGAUGUUCAGACAGACACAAACACAAAGUCGGAAGCUGAAACAUGCAGUCAGGAGCUUGUAGAGGGGAGUGAGCUGUGUGUUGAUGCUGGCUGGGAUAGCAGUACAUUGUCCUUGGAAGGCAGGACACCUUCACUUUCAAAUGAGGCUGGCGGAGCUUUUGUUGCCCCAGUCACCACUUUGGAUGAUGUGGGAGAAAGCUCUCCUUCUGUUCUUGAAGGGACAAUAGAAACGUUACUGACUCUUGAUGAAGUGAAGGACUCUCAUGCCACCCCUCCAAACAGCAAUGAGAAGCCAUCUGUUUUGGUAACAAAUUGUCCCACAGAGCCGUCGCCCGCUGAUGACAGUGGUCAAGCUGAGAGUCCAUCAUCCUCUUCCGUUCAAAGUGCUUCCAGAAGCCCCACCGACUCAACAACCACCUCUGGGAUCUGUAAUGGCCCCUCUACCCCCAGUUCUGACACUGUCAGCUCCUCCCUCGCCUCCAGCCCACAAACCAGUGCCAACAACUCGGCCCCCUCGCACCCCUUGUCAAGUCCGUACGACACUGAUUGCAGCCGAAAGCUCAUCUCCCAGAUCCAGCGCUCGUUGUCACAAGAGUCGCUGCUGGAUGAGCUGGAGUCAGAGCUGCUGGCGUGUCAGCUGCCUGAGGGUGGAAGUGAAAGUGAGAGGAAAGGGAGCCCACCUGUCAAUGGACUCCCGACAGACCAAGAGGACUGCAUGAUGGUUUUUGAGAAGUGUGUGCAAUACAAGUAUGCACAGCAGGAGAAAUCUAUUCAGAGGCUGCUGGAGGAGAACAAGAGGCACCAGGAGCUGAUCCUUGGUAUCUGCUCAGAGAAGGACAGCAUGAGGGAAGAGCUGAAAAAGAGGGCAGAGACAGAAAGGCAGCACAUGGCCACCAUUAAAAAGUUGGAGGGCAGGGUGGAGGAGCUGCUGAAAGAAGUGAAGGAGUCGCGGGAUAAACUGAUUCACCAGGACCAGGCAGCUAAAGCCGCCCUCCAGCAGAUCCAGAAGGAGAUGUCCUACAGGCUGGAACAGGUGAGCAAGAAAUCUGAUGAGGCACGCCAAGAGAAGGAGGCCAUGGUGAUGAAAUAUGUGCGAGGGGAGAAAGAGGCCCUGGACCUGAGGCGAGAGAAGGAGAGUUUGGAGAAGAGGCUGAGGGAAGCCACCAAGGAGGUCGACCGCCAGGCCCUCAGAGGAAACCAGCUGGCUCAGGACAAAGGUCGGCUGCAGCAGCUGUUUGAUGCUAAGGAAGGCGAGGUCGGCAGGCUGACUCGGGAGGUAGAAAAGCUGAAGGAGGAGAUCAACUCACAUCUCAUCAAGGUCAAGUGGGCCCAGAACAAACUGAAGAGUGAGGCGGAUGCACACAAGGAAACUAAAGACAAACUGAGAGAGACCACUUCCAAACUGGCCCAGGCCAAAGAAGAGACUGAACAGAUCCGCAAGAACUGCCAGGACAUAAUCCGAACAUACCAGGAAUCGGAGGAACUCAAGUCCAAUGAGCUGGAUGCUAAACUGAGGGAGACCAAAGGGGAGCUGGAGAAACACAAGCAGGAGCAAACGGACCAAUUAGAGGUGCAUCGAGUGAAGACCAAAGAGCUGGAUGACCUGAAAAGGAGCUACAAAGAGGGCAUGGAUGAGCUCAUCACUCUCCGAACCAAGUUAAAGUGUCUGGAGGACGAGCGUCCACGCUGGGAGGACGAGCUGAGCAAGUACAGGGAGAUCAUCAACCGUCAGAAAGCCGAGAUCGGACGCCAGAGAGAAAAGCUGGAUGAGAUUACCGCGCUCCAGGAGCAGCAUCAACGUGAUGAACAGGAGAUCACAGCUCUACGUGAGGAAGCGGACGGCCUGACCAACCAGAUGGCCGACCUCCAGCGUGAUGUGCAAGGCAGUAGGGAGCGCGAGGCUGAGCUACUGGGCUUCACCGAGAAGCUGAGCAGCAAGAAUGCCCAGCUCCAGUCAGAGAGCAACUCGCUGCAGGCUCAGUUGGAUCAGCUCAACAGCAGCUUCGCAGAGCUCCAAGCAAAGAUGGAGGAGACCAACAGGCUACUGGAUGACAAGUCACGGCUGCUGAAACAAGAAGAAGUGCUGAGGCAGCAGGAGGUGCAGGGCCUGCAGGAGGAGCGGGCUGCACUGCAGACAGAGGUGGCGCAACUAAAAACUAAAGUUGAAGAGCUGAGGGAUGAGUUGGUGACUCAGAAACGGAAACAGGCUGCUAACAUCAAGGACCUGACGAAACAACUAACACAAGCCCGUAAGAGAUUGGACCAGACUGAGAAUGGAGGCUGCGACCGGGAUGCCAGCAGUAUGGGCAGUCGCUCAAGUUCCUCAGGUACUGCCGCUGGAUUUGGCUCCUUGAAUGCGCGCCAUGGCGGGAGCAGUGGUGUCGAAGAGCGUUCGCCCGAGAGCCAGUCAGGUCCGUCGGUGGUGGUCGUGGACAGCUUCCCAGAGGUCGACAAGACCGUGCUCGUGGAGCGUAUUGUCCGUCUGCAAAAGGCCCUGGCUCGCAAGCAGGAAAAAAUCGAGUUCAUGGAGGAUCACAUCAAGCAGCUGGUGGAGGAGAUCCGCAAAAAAACCAAAAUUAUCCAGAGCUAUGUGCUAAGAGAGGAGUCCGGGGCCCUCUCGUCGGAGGCGUCGGAUAUUAACAAGGCCCACCUGAGCAGGCGGGGAGGCAUCAUGGCUUCACUUUACACCUCCCACCCGGCAGACAGCGGGCUGACCCUGGACCUGUCUCUGGAGAUUAACAGGAAACUGCAGGCUGUGUUGGAGGACACGCUGCUGAAGAACAUUACUCUGAAGGAGAAUCUGCAGACUCUUGGGGCUGAGAUCGAGAGGCUCAUAAAACAGCAGAGAGAUCCUGAGGACGCAGUAAGGAGGAAGUGACCCAACCAUGUCGCUGGAGAGAGGAAAUUAAAGAACAACUUAAAGAACCUCCAACCCACCAUUUCUGAAGGGACAGCAAAUUUUGAGACGUACCCACAGUGAUUCUCCCAACGUAUGAAGGAGCAAACUGAAUGUUGUCAGAGCCGGUAGCACCUCAGGCUGCUUUCCGGAGGACGUCUUGAACUCUUUCCACAUGGAGAACGUGUCUGAACUUACUUGAACUGUUGUUAUUCCGUCCACAUUGUACCGCCUCCUCUGACACAUCUCAUCUUCCUCUGGCUAACUUCCGUCUCCCCUGAGCCUUGCCAAGAUAAAACUCCUCGGGCCAGUUGCUCCAAGCUUAAAGAGUCUGACUGCCUUGUAAAAACUAAUUGACUGAAGAUGCCAUAAUUAUGAAUGUAUAGCAAAAUUCUACCUGGGAAAUUGCCCAAAACGACAAACACUGAUUUGCCAAUUAAUUAAUCCUAUAAAAAGAAGAGACAGUUUUCUGGUACAUUUGUGUGUCCUCGCAGCUCUGUCAACCAGAACAGUAAGUAAACAUGAGAUGAUCAUCGCCCAGCAUGCUCUCUCUGCUUGUCUCCUGAUGUCUGUCUGCCAAUAAGCCAAAUGUAUUUUUGAAAAGCUGCUGCUUCAGCUUGAGUAAACAGCACUCCAAGAAGCAAAAUUGAAAGAAAGAAAAAAAAAAUAACAGAUCAGCUCUGGCUUGCUGGGGGACCUUGUACACCACCUGUGCAUUUGUCAUCAGCUUUUGCUCUGCACAGCACUUACGAAGACGCUGGUGUAGCAAGGUGCCUCGCAUCAGCAGACCCCCCCAUCUGUGUGACACCGGUGCUAGACUGAAGGAAGCAGACUGCGUCUUUGUAAUGUUUCAUGCAGCCAACAGCACUAUGCUAUCAGCGUGGAAGUAUCCCAAUGUAAAGCUGUGUCAAAGUGAAGAAAAUCAGCAAGUUUAAUGUCAUGUUAAAGACGCUGAAUGCGACAUUCAGAGUAUUAAUAUAGAAGCAAACAAUUUGCUGUGUAAAGAUACAGUGGAGUAAUGGCGUCCUGAGCAGAGAAUGAAGUCACGCUCCCUCUGAGUGUGCUGUAGUCUGAGCUUCUGUGUUUGAUGUUGUGAUAGACAGUCCGGUCGUGUGUGCAUGUGAUUCCCUGCAAGUGUAUCCCACCGGCUAGCUAAUCAACUUCACCCUGCAGUGCGUUCACAUGCUGGUUGCUGCUAAUAACGGAACGGCAUUGUGGUGGAAGCGUAGCAACCACCCUCUGGUCAGCACCCUUAGCUCUGUCGGCACUUUUGCGGUCGUUAGCACCGUUUAUCGAGUUAGCAGCUAGCACGGUUAGCUGCUAGUCCUUGGCUCAGCCGUGUGCAGACAAUCCCACCCCAGAUUCUGAACCAUCGAUAUGCUCCGAAUGUUGCAUUCAGCUCCUUUAAUGUUGAAACGUAGAGCUGAUCGUAAGUUUAGCCAUUUUGAAUGUGAUAUUUAAUUUAUUUUCAUUUUUGUUUGCUCAAAAUGAAGUUUGAUUUGUCUGGUUGUCCAGUUUUAUUUUUAGUAUCAUGCAGUUUCACUCAAGAAAGCUUUCUUUUAGAAUUUCGGUCCUUGCUUUUAAAGGAGUACUUCACCAACAAAAUAAUCAUUUGUAUAUCUAAUACUCACUCUGUUUCACGUUGAAUUUGCGAGAAAAACUUUCUCUGGCACACCUCCACGGUGAACAAAGAAUCCAAAAACAAGGGAACCAUGUGUAACAACAGCAAAUCUAUGUCAAAACACCUGCUUACAAACUCUCACACAACUCCUUCAGUGUAAUCCACUUCUCAUUUAUUCAGUUAUACGCACAGUACUUCCCAAAACAUAUGUGUUUUCUCUAAAACCACAGAUAUUGACACACUAAAACUCUACAUAAACAAUCAAAUGAGUUCAAAUGCACACACUUGGCUACUUACGUUACUCUGAUGCCGAAGGUAAUAUUAGGAAAUAUUAAGGUGUUUGGGAAGCACUGAGCAUACGACUGGGUAAAUAGGACUUGCAUUAUGCUGCACAAGUUGUGAAAGAGUUUAUAAACAGAUGUUUUAUAUAGUUUUGCGGUUGUUAAACAUCAAUUUAUCAGUUAUCCUUGUUUGGAUUCUUCAUUCACCGGAGACACAGGGUGAGUAACUGAUACACACAUGGCCAUUUUGUGGGUAACAUAUUCCUUUAAAAUGAUGAAUACCUUGACUAUUUUUACCUCUCCUUCACUGAUCUGUCUGUUCAGUACCAACUGGCAACAGCGUCUCUUAAUCAGACACAAACAUCUAAAGCUGUUUAUGUCUCAGCUUCCCCGAAAGUGGUUUGUUAGCAUCAUAAGCAUUCCUUGCUCCACACAGUUGGCACGGAGAUGCUACCAGCUUGUAGAAACUUUCUUUGCACCGUGUGCACAGUGAUCAAGUGGUGGUGGUGGAGGAUAAAACUAAGAAUGUUAAGGUAUUUGUUUCGUGCUUUUCUUUUUGUUUUUCUUUGUUUUGUCACCGAGUCCAGUGAAGUAAAUCAGAAGAAUCAGAAGGACAGGAGAUCUGUAGCUGUAGCUCAGGAAAGCCAAUGGAACCUACAGAAAUAUAUCCAGGGACAAAGUGCAAUGCUGUUCCUUUUAUUGAUUUUCUGUUUUCUCAUUUUGUCUUUUUUUUUCGUUGUUGUUCCGAAUGUGACUGUGCUAAACUGUUUUAUAUGUCCAAUUUUAUGCUUGUGUACGUGCAACAUGUGACUGUGCGGGUGUUUGAGUGUUUCAACUUGUGUGUGUCUGCGUGCAUGGCCGCAUGUGUGCCUUUUUUCUUUUAAAACCUCUCAAGCUCUUGUGUUUACACCUCGUGAACGUGCUUAAACUGUCAGGGUUUAUGGGCUUUUACCGGAUUGACCGUGAAGUUUGUUUCAUCCAGAGGUGUAAACUUAAUUUGCAUUUAGACCAGAGCCACUCAGACACACACUCACAGAUGUUUCGUCUGUCGCACACACUCUCAACAGUAUGAAGGUUACGCAGCUUGACUCCACACCACCUAAGUUUCCUCGGUCUCUGCGGAAGCUGCCACAAAACAUAAGCCUCCAUCUCUUUAUUUCCCCAAUCAGAACUAGGCUUUUAUGGGUCAUGUAUGGUUACAGCUUGAUCCCCCUCCCAUACACCCUGAGGCGAUGUUGAAAUGGCCCACUACAUGAAUAGAGAUGAAAGUUUCCAGGAUUGAGGUCACGGAGUUCUUAAAGCCUCCCUGUUGCUGCAGUGCGUGCUCUCUGUGUUUGAUGUACCUCUGCUUUUAUUUCGUCCAAGCUGAUUUUGUUGCAAUGUGGGAUCGGCAUGUAAACGCACGGACAGCAAAUACGGAGAUCACAACUUGAUCUCCUCUAUUGAAACUCGGUGGCCUUUAAGCUCUGAAAGGUUCUGUAAGGUUGCAGUUUUAUUACUUAACAUUUAGGUUUCCUUUUCUAUCGAGCCAGUUGAUUAUUUCAAAAUGAAUUGGUGUUUUCACGCAUCUCAAACAGUGCGAAAAAAAAAACAAGCUGCUUGCUGCUGAUGACGUGCAAAUCGUAACAGUUGUUUUGCAGUCUGUUUCUGGGACAGCACAAUACAACCUAUGCAAAACACUCGCAUUUGGAUUUCCUGAUUAGGUCCUCAUAAUUCUCUGAGGCAUGCUAAUUCGCUUCUUCUGUUUCUGUCGCAGCGUGACACCUGUAAGAAUCACGCUGAGCUGAGAUUUCACACAUUUCCACAGCCUUGAAACGAAGCCAUGCUGCAGCAUUGUGCGAAUGAAUGAAUCGUGUCAGUAUAUGGGUAUGAAGAAAUGGUGUGCAGUAUGUGUGAGUGUCAAAAUGUGACGUUAAAGGUUAACUUAGGUCAUUUUCAACGUGGACCCUAUUUGUCCAUCUUUCUGUGUCAAAGUGACUAAUGGAGACAACAGUUUGUGAAAAUGGUCUUGUAUUGCGUAAGAGUGCUGUAGUCGGCAGCCGUGAAAUGGGUUGCAGUAUAACAACAGGGGCAAUUGCGCACAGUCAAUUUAGGUCUGCUAAACAUGCUUCUUUUUGCCACUGACAGGCUCAUAUUAUAAUUAUUGGAAGAGUCUUGGAGCAUUAUGGAACGGUUCCUGACAGAGAUAGACCUUUUUCUUGAACUAGAAACAGCCUCUUGAUCACUUUCACCAAAGCCACCAGACUCCAUUUAAAAAACACAGCAAUUUUAUCAUCAUAAAACACACUUUGUUCGAAGUCAACAGAAGCAAAAUAAAACUCACAAAUGCCGUCUUGGUUCACCUUUCACUGUUUUAACAAUCACCAACUCUGGUUUUGGUUGAAAUAAACCCUCAGUUCACCCAGUUGGCUUGGAAAAUACUCUGGUUCUAUACACGCUAAAAGGACUCUUUAUUUAAAUGGAGUCUGGUGGAAUUGGCGAUGGCAACUUUGGGGCUGUUUCUGGCUGAACAAAAAAGGUCCAUCUCCGUUCCAUAAUGCUCUCAGACUCGUCUAAUACUAAUAACUAAUAAUGAGCCUGUCAGUGGCAAAAACAAGCACUUUUAGUGGACGUAAAUUGACAGUGUGCAAUUGUCCAUUUAUGUUACAUUGCAACCUGUUUCACGGCUGCAGCAUUCUUACUUAAUACUGGACCAAUGUGUUGUUUCCAUUCGUUAUCUAGACACAAAACGUGGGAAAAGAGGGAUCAGGUUGAAAAACACCAAGUUUCCUUUUAAAUGAGAAGUUUGUCAUUUUUCUGUUUUCCUCCUGCUGUGCAAUGAUUCCCUCCUCCUCGCUCUUUUUUUGUGGAAUAUUCAAACUGUGAUUAUAAUAUACAUUUGUAAAUAUGUCAUUCUGUAAAAUUACAAUAAGAUGUUUUUAAAAAUGCUGAUUCUGGUUUACGUUUGUAUAUAUGGUGUUUCCAGGGAAUAAAAGGAGAUGAGUCUUAAA